GCUCCGGGACAGGCGGCAGCGGGAUGGCCAGCACGGGGCUCUGCUCGGCUCGGUUAGGAAGGGUUCGACCCGUUCGGGCUCGCUCGGCCGGGUUCGGCUGGGUUCGACAGCGCUCGGCAGAGUUCGGUUCCGCUCGGCUCCGUUCGUCUCUCUUCGGCUCCACUCGGCCCCGCCCCAAACACCAGGUCUUGGUCACGUGGCGGCGCGGGGCCACGUGACGCGGUGCCCAGCCCGGGGCGGAGGCGCAGCUCCGGUGCCAGGCUCCCCACCAUGGCCGGCUGCGCGGCUCCCGGCUCCCCACCACGGCACAGUAUUCCCGGCUCCACACCCGAAGAGGAGGAGGAGGAUGAAGGCAGCGGUGGGGACCUGGAGGUGAAUCCCUACGACGGGCUGCCCUUCUCCUCCCGCUACUAUGAGCUCCUGCGGCAGCGCCGGGACCUCCCUGUCUGGAGCACCAAGUACAGCUUCAUGGAGCACCUGGAAGGUGACAGUGGCCUCGUCCUGGUGUCCGGGCCCCCCGGCACCGGCAAGAGCACCCAGAUCCCGCAGUGGUGCGCGGAAUACGCCCUGUCCCAGCAGUUCACCCACGGGCUGGUGGCCUGCACGCAGCCCCACAGCCUGGCUGCCCUCAGCCUCGCCCUGCGCGUGGCCGAUGAGAUGGAUCUCAACCUAGGGCACGAGGUGGGGUACUGUGUCCCACACGACGACUGCUGCACCACCGAGACCAUCCUCAGGUUCUGCUCGGACACGGUGCUGCUGCGGGAGCUGACGUCAGAGCCGCUUCUCCGGCAGUACGGUGUGGUGGUGCUGGAUGAGGUGCAGGAGCGCACGGUGCCAACAGAUGCGCUGCUGGGGCUGCUGAAGGACGUCCUGCGUCAGCGCCCCGCGCUGCGGCUGGUGGUUCUCACCUCGCCGGACAUGGAGCCACAGCUCCGCGCCUUCUGUGGGGACCCCCCUGUGGUGCAUGUGCCAUCGGCCGGCCCCCCGCCCUGCCUGCUCUACCGGGAGCCGCCGGUGCAUGGGCACGUGGCCGCUGCCUGUCAGGCUGUGCUGGACAUCCACCGUCGCCGGGAGCCUGGAGACAUCCUGGUCUUCCUGGCCAGCGAGGAGGAGAUCUCAGAGUGCUGUGGGGCCAUCCAGCGGGAAGUGGUGGCACUCAGCCCGGCACUGGGCAUGCUGCUGGUGUUGCCGCUGCAUCCUGGCAUGGGCCGCGCGGUGCAGCGGGUGUACGAGGCGACGGAGCCGUGCGGUCCGGAGAGGCGCGUGGUCAUCACCCAUGGGCUGGCGGAAUCCUCCUUCUCCAUGGGGAACGUGCGUUUUGUCAUCGACUCCGGGCUGGAGCUGCGCAGUGUCUAUAAUCCCCGCAUCCGGGCAGAAUCCCAGGUGCUGCGGCCGAUCAGCAAGAGCCAGGCGGAGGCGCGGAUGCAACGAGCUGCUGGCAGCCCCCCAGGGACCUGUCUGCGCCUCUACUCAGAGGUGUUCUACGAGCAGCGGCUGCCACCCAACCCUGCACCCCAUGUCAGUGAGACCAGCCUGAGCCGCCUCGUGCUGCUGCUGAAGCGCCUGGACAUCGCUGACAUGGGCCAAUGCGACUUCCUCGACCGGCCAGCCCCCGAGUCGCUGAUGCAGGCGCUGGAGGACCUGGACUACCUGGCUGCCCUGGACGAUGAUGGGAACCUCUCGGAGGUGGGGAUCAUCAUGUCGGAGUUCCCACUGGACCCUCAGCUAGCCAAGGCGCUCAUUGCCUCCUGCGAGUUUGACUGCGUGGAGGAAAUGGUCACGCUGGCUGCCAUGCUCACAGUCUCCCCCUGCUUUGUGCCUCCUUCCACGCACCUGGAGGAGGCAGUGACUGCACGCCGGCGGGCACUGCUCCACCCAGACGGAGACCAUUUCACCCUCAUCAACAUCUUCAACGCCUUCCAGCAGUACCACGCGGACGAGGGCUGGUGCCGCAAGCACGGGCUGAACUGGGAUGCGCUCCGGCUGGCCGGCAUUGUCCGUGCGGAGCUGCUGGAUGUGAUGCGCCGCAUCGAGCUGCCAGUCUCACCCCCCGCCUUCGGCACUGACGCCAACGUCCUUAACAUCCAGCGGGCGCUCAUCUCCGGGUACUUCCUCAAGGUGGCCCGGGACAUCGAUGGCUCCGGUAACUACGUGAUGCUGACGCACAAGCAUGUGGCUCACCUGCCCGUCGGCUGCUGCUACCUGCAGUGUCGGCCCCCACAGCGCCCGCCCGCCUGGGUGCUUUACCACGAGUUCACCAUCUCCCAGGACAACUGCCUGCGUGUCGUCUCGGAGAUCCAGCCCCAAAUGCUGGUGGAGCUGGCGCCCCAGUACUACUUGAGCAACCUCCCGCCCAGCGAGAGCCGGGACCUGCUGAUGGAGCUGCGCAAGAAGGUGGUGGCUGCCGAGGAUGAACCGGCCGUGCCAGAAUCGCUGGGAGAGGCAGCGGGCGAGGAGGAUGAGGACAGGGAUGUCUGUGUGCUGCAGUGAGCCAGAGCCACCGGAACCUCCGCACCGGGGCUGCCUGGGCUGGGCUGUGUCUGCCGGGAACCAGAGAGCCUGGAGAAGCCGUGCAGUGGCCGUCCUGAUCCCAGAGAGGCAGAGACGGAGCCUGCGGCGGCCAUGGGGCAGCAGGACACGAGCUGGGACCGAGCCUGGUCUGGGGGAGCGCUGGCCAUGAGCCCAGAGGGUUGUGGGGCCCUUUCUACCUGGGCUCCAUCAUCCUGGAGGUCCUGGGGGUUCCCGUGGGGCUUAUCCUGCUCCCGCCACAUCUCGGGAGCAGUGUCUGAGGGGCUGCCCGAGGGAUC